UAAUUAAUGAAAAUGUCUUUAAAAACUUGUUCAUGAUAAACUUCUGGUUUUUGAAAAAUCACUGGGCACUAAGGCAGUCAUUGUGAUUGUCAGGUGGAGUAGAUGCAGUCCACUAUGUGUGCUAAGGCUGCUACAUGUAAAGCUGUGCACCUGGGAACAAGGUAUUCCAGCUGAAUUUAAAUCAAGGCACUUGGUAUCCUAGAAAGCAAUGAUUGAAGUGUUUUUUGGAGUCAGUGAAUAAACAGCAUAAACACAUGUUUCCAAGGUGAUACUGUGACAAAGAACCUUAUGUAUUUCUUAAAUGCAUUAGUGGAAUAAGCAGGGUUAUUUUCUUGCCCAUCCUGUGGGAUGGGAUGAAGUCAUUCCCAAAAUCCUACGUAUGGUUUUGGCCUCAGCACUCAAAACCAUCCAAAAAAAUUACUGUUUGAAAAGAGAUUCAUCUCCAAUUUGCUGGAAAACUAAGCUGUAUUGCCAUGCAGUAAAAUGUUAAACAUGUGCUGUGCAGCUUCUCAUCAAAACUGAGGUGACUUGAUGAGAGUCCUCAGAUAUGUCCCUGACAAAAUAAUACUGGGUAUUAGUGAACUUGCUCUAAUCUUGCUGACAAACACAAUACUAACUUGUAGCCCAAUUUAAAAUUAAAAGGCUCAAGUUUUUCACGGGGAGGGUGAUUAACUAUUGGAUUGAUAUGAAGAGCAGUCAUGUAUCUCGUAAUCUCUUAACAUCUUUGAAGCCAGAUGGUGGGAAAAAAAAAAAUUCUGAAAAUUGCUUCAGCCAGCUGCAAGGUGCUGACCUUUUAUUUUCUCAUAUAUAUUUAGAGAAAUGUCAUUCACGGGAGGUCAGGCCUGGUGGUAAAUCAGGGUGCUAAAGAAAAAGGAUGGAUAGCACCUCUUCUCUUGAACCACCUUCCCUCUUUUUGAACAGAGAGGUUUAGGAUUUUUUCCUUUUCAAUCAAGAAUAUGAUCAAAGCAAUAAAAUCUUCUGAAUGGGGGGAAAAUAAGCAGGUAUUGAUACAUAUUGGAGAUGUGUCAAAUAGUGUCCUGUAUAUUUUGUCCAGACUUGUGACUAAUACAUCCUGAUCUGAGGCUGUGGCACUGGGGAGCUGUUGGAAAGAUAAAUGUUACUUCUCUGCUGCCAGGACAAGUUCUGGCUUGUGUCCAGCUCACUGCCUACCAGGCAGCCCAAGGGCCUUGGCACAAGCACUGCUGCCCAGACAGUCCUUGUAUCAGCAAAGAAGUUCUUCCUUCCUGGUUCUAAGCAUGGAAAACGCUCAGAGGGUGAAGCAAGGUGAUUUUUAAGGAAUCCACUAAAGAAAACAUAACUCCAUAAAAUUUUGUGUUACAUAAAAUUAUUUGUUGACUCAUUUUAUAUAUUGCAUUUGUGUAUGUUGUGUGGAAUUACAUUAUCUGCAAUGAUCCUAGUUUUAAACUGGAUGCUGAGUAAAAUACUGACUUAAUCAGGAAUUAAACUAUGAAACAUAAAGCUGUGGAAGGAGUAAACAACACAAUAAUUUUAAUCUAUAUUAAUGCCUCAUGUGUGGAGACUUGACACAAGUGUUGGACACUUUCUGAGCUCUCCAGGAUGUUACAGUGAAUAGCUUGAUGGUAGCCUAAGCAUCUCUAGGUGGAGAUUGCUGGAAGCUAAGGUUUCUUUUUCAUGUCUUAUGUUACAAAGGGUAGGAAAGGGGAUAUGUAAUCUUGAGAACUCAGAGCUACAGAGCAAACUUGCUCCACAUGCUCCUCUGUGUAGUAAUUUCAACAGAAGCACAUGAUGCUUGAGUUUGGCAAUUCUGGUUUCUCCUGGCUGUUUGUGAGAAGGUGAAUGGUGUCACUCUGCUGCUGCCCCUGGAGUUUUUCAGAGAACUCAGUGUGUGCCCAGUCUGGCUGCUCUGCUUCCCUGUGCUCACACAAGGCCAGCUUCUUGGGUAAAUGCAAUGAGUUUUGUGGUGAGCCUAUAGCUUGUAGGAGCAAAAAAUGAGGCAAAUACACCACAGUUGGUGGAAAACCUGUUUUGGUCAGAGUCUCUGAAGAUACUGCAGGUUCAGAAGGGGAUUCACAGGUUCAGAGGCAAAGAUCCCUAAUCCCUUGACUGGAUGUUGGGAUAAAGGUGGUGAACCACAGACAUGACUGAUUGCUCUCCCUACAUAGUGUUUCCUGCUAGAGUUUUUGGAGACAGACCACUGGACUAAAUGGACAGUGAUCUAUCCUUGUAGGGCUUUUUUUCAUGCUCAUGUUGUAUAAAGGAAAAUUUUUCCUUUUUUCCCAACCUAUCCAUCAAAGCUAUACCAGGAAAUUUGCAAUUCUCGCUAUUUUGGAAAUAAACACCAAAGCAUUUAGGGAGAUAAAAGUCAAGACUUCCCUUGGAAAUUAGGUUGGCUUGUAUCAGGAUUGUUGUGACCCCAUGUCCACGUCUGUACUGGCAAUUGCAUCCCCAGGUGAUGAGCUGGUCAGCAGAAUUUGUUUCAUAAGGGCAAUAACAUGUAGGUGCAUGUGGAAAAAAUGCAGCCUCAAGUUUGAUUUGAGCCUUCAUGGAACCAUGCCCCAAAAUAUUUUGGGGUAAGUAGAGGCUUUCUGCAAAGGAAGUCAAGAGUACAAGUAGUAAUAGCAGCAUUUGGCUAUUUGUAAACAUUUUUUACUCUUUUGAAAUGGAGCUGUAAACUUCCCUGUAUGUUUAAAAUUGUUGUCCAGGCAAUUGAAUUCUCCCAUUGUUUAAUGUUGAAAGAGACAUGGUUUCUCUGGACCGGCUCCUGGAAGAGCCUUUCACUGCAGUAGGACCAGUAGUGAUUUUUGGCCAAUUAGUUCAGCUUCUUGUAUAGUUUUUCUGUCUCCUUGUACUUGAUUUGCAAAGCUCUUCCCUUGAAACCACUUCUAACAUCCAGAGAUUUAAAAUGAAAGCAGGAAAUGCUGCUGAAUUAAAAAUACCCCCUGGUUUUAGUUGUAUAAUUUCUAUGACAUAAGUUAACAGUUUUACAUUUUAACCAGUAGCUUCUGUGUGCUAAACUGUUUGCAGUGGAAGUGCAAUCUAAACUUCAGUUUUGCUUCCCCAGUAUGUGCUGCAAGAAAACCCCUUAGAGGCACUUUAGGAGUUUCCAGAUUACAAGUUGGAAAAAAAAAAAAGACGUUUUUGAAGGCUAGUAGUUUCAGUCAAAGCUUAUCAGAUUAUUAAAACCUUUCUUCUUUUCUUUUCUUUUUGGAGGAUGGAAGAAGUUAGUGUAAUCCAGCAUUCCUGCUAAGUAUAUAACUUACUGCCACUUCUGAUCUUUGAAGAGAGAUUUAUCGCUUCCUGUGGCAAUACUGAAUACUCAAAAGAGUGAGUUCUGACCUCAGGAGCUGCAUGAAGAAUAGCCAGCAUGAAGAGAACAAAUCAGUCCAGGCAGAAGUGCAGAAGCGCCAAGAACAUAAAUCAGGAAGGUGAAAUGGAAGGUGAGGCAGUCGACGCUAUUGUGGAGGAAUCAGAAACUUUCAUUAAGGGAAAAGAGAGGAAAACCUAUCAAAGACGCCGUGAAGGUGGGCAAGAGGAUGAUGCUUGUCAUAUACCACCAAACCAAGCAGAUGGAAGUGAAGUGGUGCAGGAUGUCAGCAGUGGGGUGCAGAUGGUGAUGAUGGAUCAGCUGGAUCCAACUCUUCUUCAAAUGAAGACCGAAGUAAUGGAAGGUGCAGUGCCUCAAGAAACUGAGGCUACUGUGGAUGACACACAGAUCAUAACACUUCAGGUUGUUAAUAUGGAAGAGCAACCUAUAAACCUUGGUGAGCUUCAGCUGGUCCAAGUACCUGUACCAGUGACUGUACCUGUUGCCACCACAUCUGUGGAAGAACUGCAGGGAGCUUAUGAAAAUGAGGUUUCCAAAGGAGGCCUGCAGGAGGGGGAGCCCAUGAUCUGUCACACCCUCCCUUUACCAGAAGGCUUCCAAGUCGUGAAAGUGGGUGCAAAUGGUGAGGUGGAGACACUGGAACAAGGUGAACUUCAGCCACAGGAAGAUCCCAAUUGGCAAAAAGAUCCAGAUUAUCAGCCACCAGCCAAAAAAACGAAGAAAAACAAAAAGAGUAAGCUUCGCUACACUGAGGAAGGCAAAGAUGUGGAUGUCUCUGUAUAUGAUUUUGAAGAGGAGCAGCAGGAGGGUUUGUUGUCCGAGGUUAAUGCAGAAAAAGUGGUGGGCAAUAUGAAGCCACCAAAACCAACAAAAAUUAAAAAGAAAGGUGUAAAGAAGACAUUCCAGUGCGAACUGUGCAGUUACACUUGUCCGCGUCGUUCCAACUUGGACCGCCACAUGAAAAGCCACACCGAUGAAAGACCACACAAGUGCCAUCUCUGUGGCAGGGCUUUCCGGACAGUCACAUUGCUGAGGAACCACCUCAACACUCACACAGGUACUCGCCCUCACAAGUGCCCAGACUGCGACAUGGCCUUUGUGACCAGUGGAGAGUUGGUUCGGCAUCGCCGCUACAAACACACCCACGAGAAACCAUUCAAAUGUUCCAUGUGUGACUAUGCCAGUGUGGAGGUUAGCAAAUUGAAACGCCACAUCCGUUCACACACCGGAGAGCGCCCGUUCCAGUGCAGCCUGUGCAGCUAUGCCAGCAGAGACACCUACAAACUGAAGAGGCACAUGAGGACCCACUCUGGAGAGAAGCCAUAUGAAUGUUACAUCUGCCACGCUCGCUUCACUCAGAGCGGUACCAUGAAGAUGCACAUUUUGCAGAAGCACACGGAGAAUGUGGCCAAAUUCCACUGCCCUCACUGUGAUACUGUUAUAGCGAGAAAGAGUGACCUGGGUGUCCACUUGCGGAAGCAGCAUUCCUACAUUGAGCAGGGCAAGAAGUGUCGCUACUGUGAUGCUGUGUUCCAUGAGAGGUAUGCCCUCAUCCAGCAUCAAAAGUCCCACAAGAAUGAGAAGCGCUUCAAGUGUGACCAGUGUGAUUAUGCCUGCAGACAGGAGCGGCACAUGGUCAUGCACAAACGGACCCAUACUGGAGAAAAGCCUUAUGCCUGUAGCCAUUGUGAUAAAACCUUCCGCCAGAAGCAGCUCCUCGACAUGCACUUCAAGAGAUACCACGAUCCCAACUUUGUCCCUGCUGCCUUUGUCUGCUCCAAGUGUGGCAAAACAUUCACUCGCAGGAACACAAUGGCCAGACAUGCUGAUAACUGCUCUGGCCUAGACGGUGGGGAAGGAGAGAAUGGAGGAGAGACAAAGAAAGGCAAACGUGGCCGAAAGAGAAAGAUGCGUUCUAAGAAAGAAGAUUCUUCUGAUAGUGAGGAAAAUGCUGAACCAGAUUUGGAUGAUAAUGAAGAUGAGGAGGAGACAGCGGUAGAAAUUGAGGCUGAACCAGAAGUUGAGCAAGAGGCUCCUGCACCACCUCCCAGUAAGAAAAGAAGAGGAAGACCACCAGGCAAAGCUGCCACUCAACCAAAACAAUCCCAGCCUGCAGCAAUCAUUCAGGUUGAAGACCAGAACACUGGUGAAAUUGAAAAUAUUAUAGUUGAAGUGAAGAAAGAACCUGAUGCAGAAACAGCAGAGGAAGAGGAGGAAGCUCAGCCUGCUGUAGUGGAAGCUCCCAAUGGAGACCUCACCCCUGAGAUGAUUCUCAGCAUGAUGGACCGGUGAUGGAGGAAGACCACGUUGGCUGACUGAACUGGCCUGGGCUGUGUUUAAGCGGCUCAAAUCUAUUUUUUUCCUUUAAUCUUUUUUCUUGGCUUUGGGAAAUGCAUCAUUUUAGACCAUUUUACCAAACAUACUGGGAGAUAAAACGAUGUUAGAAUGUGAUUUAACUAGAACUUGCUGUUUUAUGUUAGCAUUACAGGAUCAUGGAACAUUAGGAAAUAUUUUGGAGUCCUUGAGGGUUUCCUCUGAAAUGCUUGAUUUAGUUUUGCUCUAAACCGCAUUGUAAAGCUGGUCCAAGGGCCGUGUUUACAUGCACAAAGUUUUAAUAUACAAAAGUGGAAGCCUUGACUAGAGUAUGUGGAAAACCACUCCGGACUUGCCCUUCCAGUUCCCAGAGUCCUUGAGCCUCUUCUCUCAGUAGUGUUUUUAACUGUAAAUGCAGACUUGGGAGGGUUCUAGACUUUUGAAAUGUUUUUUUGGUUGGUUUUUUGUUUUUUGUUUUUGCUUUCUCCCACUGAGUAGCUCCGGUUCUCCAAGUCGGCUGCACAUGGUAGUUUUGGCAUGCUCCAACUGGUUUCUGUCCUUAAUAUGCUUUGCUUUCUGCAAAGCAUUUCUGUAAUGGUCAAGCUUGUAAAUAACUUUUUUUUUUUACAUUUUAAUCUUUUUCCAUUAAUUAAGAGGUAUGCAAAAAUGCAGUUUAAAGAUACCCCGGUAUUCUAAUUCCUUUCAAACUAAGUGACAAGAGAAUUGAUAGAGUGUAAAUGUUGGAAAAGCUGUUGAUAAGGUAGAGAAAAGAUGUACCCUGACUAUUGCUUGCAGAACAAGAGAAACCCACAUGUGAAAUCUGGUUUUGAAGCACAAAAAAUUGUAUUUGAUAGAAUCUUAGACUGGCUUGGGUUAGAAGGCACUUACAGGCCAUUAGUUCUGUAGUGAACUUUCACUAGACCAGCUUCCACCAAGCCCUGUCCAACCUGGCCUUGAACGCUUCCAGGGAUGGAGCAGCAACAAUUUCUCUGGACAACCUGAGCCAGGGCCUCACCACGCUCAUAAGGAAGAAUUUCUUCCUAAUAGCCCAUCUAACCCUGACCUCUGUCAGUUUAAAGCCAUUCCCUGUUGUCCUGUCUCUCCAUUCCCUUGCCAAAAGUCCCUCUCCAGCUCUCUUGCAGGCUCCCGUCAGGUUCUGUAAGGCCACAAUUAGGUCAUCCCGAAACCUCUUCUCCAAGCUGAAUAACUCCAGCUCUCUCAGUCUCUCCUCAUAGGAAUGGUGCUCCAUCCCUCAAGUCGUGUUUGUGGCCUCCUCUGGACUCGCUCUGACGGUUCGAUGUCCUUGUCCUAGGGAUCCCAGAGCUGGAUGCAGCACUGCAGGUGGGCUCUCACCUGAGUGGAGCAGAGGGGCAGAAUUUCCCCUUCCUGCUGCCCCAGGGCUCUGUAUGCAGCCCAGCACACACAGCUGGCUGGAGCACGUCCAGUCUCACCCACCAGCUCCCCCAAGUCCUUUUCCCCAGGACUGCUCUGGAUCUGUUCAUUCCCAGCCUGAAUUCAUCCCAAGGGUUGCCCUGAGCCAGGUGCACCACCUGGGUCUUGUUAAGCCUCAUGAGAUUCUCACGGGACACUUCCUGAGCUUGUCCAGGUCCCUCUGGAUGGCCCUGUCCUUCAGGUGUGUCACUGCACCCUAAGCUUGGUGUUACCAAACCCGCUGAGGGUGUACUCCAUCCCUUCAUCUAUGCUGUUAAUGAUGAUACUAAAUAACACUGGUCCCAGUGUGGACCCCUGAGGGGCACCAGUCAGUGCUGUCCAUCUGGAGUCUGAGCCAUUGACCACUGCCCUGUGGAUGUGACCAUCCAACCAAUUUGAAACAUAUAAUUAACCUUUUUGAGUUAUAAUUUCACGAAUACAUUUUCUUUGCUCUAUCUUGUAGUUGUAUUUUGUGUUUAUGAAUCCUAUGUUAAGACAAAAGUGGUGAUUUAUAAGUGGGUCACUGCAGCCCUCAACCUGGGCCAGGAAAUUUUAUUAAUAGGUCAGUAAUUCUACAAUUUUUGAAUCUCUGAUAAAGAAAAAAAAAGGAAUAAUGUGAAAUACAAAUGAUGCCUGUAUAUGAAAAUGUCACAUGUUAAAAUAUGUAAGCUUUUUAUAGAGCCUCAGUCUUGCUGAUUUCAAACAAAUUUUUCUUCUAUGUAUCGCUUUUAAGAGAGCUAUCAGUUUAGCUAUCAGACUCUAGGUUGAUGCAUUUUUGUACUUAGCUGUACUGUGUGAUAUUUUUCAUUAUUUUAGGAAGCCAACAUGGGGAAAAAAUACUGUUAUAAAAUAUGUAAUGGGGUUUGAAAGCUGGGAAGGAGAAUAUACUGCUGUACAGCUAAUAAAUAAUAACGGAUUAACACGUG